GUGACGUGCAUCUAUGCCCUAAUACGAAACUAAUUCUAGAAAGCGCGGAAUCACAUUUAAAACAAUUGUUACUUGAGUUAAAUCAAGCAUUUACUCGGAUAGAAGCCUAUGCCUGGACAUGGCGGGAGAUCGUACCUUAAGUUCCAAGCAACUGACCGGUCGCAUACACUCCGUGUACUGUAAAGAUUUCGUCUCCUACAGCGAGAUAACAUUCCAUCCAAAGCACUACCUGAAUGUCCUGACCGGUCCAAAUGGCAGUGGCAAGUCCACCAUUGUAUCGGCCAUCAUUUUGGGCCUGGGAGGGGAACCGAUUCUCCUUGAUCGCUCCGCCAGCGUUGCUGACUACAUACAGAGCAACAAAACCUCGGCCACCAUAAUUGUCCGGGUUUACGGACGCACGCCCAACACCACGGAGACCUUUCGGCGCGUCAUAAACUCGAAUGGCUCGUCCAUCUUCUCCGUGAACGACAAGGACACCUCCAAGAAGAACUUCCUUGCCGCCGUGUCCUCCUAUAAUAUACAAGUCAGCAACUUGUGCCAGUUUCUCCCUCAGGAUCGGGUUCAGGACUUCUCCAAGAUGAAUCCCCAAGAGCUUUUGCUUAACACAAUGUCUUCCGUGUGUGACGAUGAGCUGACCAACAGCUUCACCCUUCUAAAGCAAAUGCGCGCACAACAGGCGAAUGCUAAUGCUAAUCGUGAAAAGGAGAAAAGUGAUCUGGUUAAAAAGCAAAAACGAUUGGAACACUUACAAAUGACUGUUGCCCAAUAUAAAGAACGCGAAGAGGUUAAGCAAAACCUGCAAGUCUACAGUGCCAAGAAAUUGUGGGUUGAGACCCAGGCUGGAGAAACUAAGGCUGCAGAAAUGAAAGCUCUAGUGAAAAAGGCCAAAACUCAGAGCGACAAAUUAAAGGACCAACACGACAAACUUGUUCAAGCCCAAGAACAAAUUCAGACGAAAAAAGUGUCACUCAGAGAGUCCUGCUUGGAAAAGACACGUUUAUUAGAAAAAGCUGUGUCAGAGAAAACGGCUAUUGAAAAUCAACUGGACUCUCUGAAGCAAGGAAUUGGCGAAAAAAAAUAUGAAUUGGAGCAAAGCAUUCAAAAAUCACUAAGAACGGCCACAGAGUGUGAUAAAUUGAAUCAAUUGGUGGAAAAUAAAAUUUACGAGCUGGAAACCCUAAAUAAGAGCAGGCCUCAGAUCGUUUCCGAGCUGGAAAGGACUAAGGAAUCGUGCGCGGCGGCGCGCGCUAAAGCAAUGGAGCAGUAUAACAGACGAAAACAACUGGAGCAAAAACUGAAUGAUGAAAAGAUUCCCGAAAUUACUGCGUAUAAGCAUAAAAUAGAGCGGUUGAGAAACGUCAAAAUGCAAAAGAUUGAGGAAAUUAGAGUGAGAAACCCGAAUUUGGUUACGGCCAUGAACUGGUUGGCACAAAAUAAGCAAAGGUACAAACUGACCGUUUAUGACCCAAUGAUACUUGAGCUUACAGUGGAAAACCAUGAGGACGCAAAGUACCUGGAAAACGUUGUGUCGCAGCGUGAUUUAUUUGCAUUCGCAUGUGAAGACAAGGAAGAUAUGUCGGACUUGAUCAACGAGUUGUGUGUAAAGCAAAAAUUGGGAGUUAACGUUAUUUACUGCGCACCAGCGGAUAGACUUAUGUACUGUCCUAAAGUGCCGAUCGGCGAUCUGCGCUCUUUCGGAUUUCGCUCAUAUCUCGUAGAUCUUGUUACUGGACCAAUACCAUUAAUAAACAAGCUGUGUGCUUCCUACUCAAUUCAUAAUAUACCAAUUGGCACAGAAUCUGUGAGCAAUUACACUUCAUCCAUUCCAAAAACUAUCCGAGUUUAUUUUGGCGGAAGCAAGAAGUUCGUUGUGACCGCUUCCCGCUAUCGAUCGGAUACAAUUCUUACAGAAAGUACUAUCCGAGCGAAAAACCAACUUAUUACAGUGGAUGCGCAACAACUGGCCCUGGUAAUGAAACAGUGUUCCGAAGCAGUGAGGGAAAGUGACAGCAUUAAAAAUGCAAUAACCAAGACCGACAAUGAAUUUGAACGUUUGCAAACUGUAGCAAAGGAUGAGCAAGAGAAAAGACGCAAGCUUGACCAAAAAAUAACCCAUUUUAAUAACCUUAAAAUGGAAAUUGAAACCCUCAAAAAGAAGCUCAAAGCCCUUCAGAGCAACAAUACGCUAGACUCUCUUAAAACAAAUUUCUAUAAAAGUUUGCAAAUAGACUUGAAAAAAAUAGUCGAAACCGAGGCAAAAUUGUGUACUUACUUACAAUCUGUGGAACGACUUAUGAUUGAAAAGAAAUUGGCCCAUGCAAGGGCGUCCGUUUAUAUGCUGCAACAUGAAAGUCAAUAUGAUGCCCUCAGCGAAAGCGAGCAACAGAGUAAAGCAGCAACCAGAGACUUUCAACAACUGCUGCAGGGACUAGAAAAUCAAAUUAGUGAUGUGAACAAACGAAAGAGCGAUGUGCAGCGUCUGUGCGACGGAGAACUUCCAACCAGUAGCAAAUUUCCUUUUAAGAAGGAAUUUAGGGAGUUGGAAAGUAUAGAUUUGCCCGGACUACGAGAGGCAAUACAUGACUUUCAGGCACGAUUGGAGUGCAUGAAAAGUGUUAAUUCCGAGGCCAUAGACAGCUAUCAACAACUGCACAACGAAGUCCAACAACUAGAAGAAGGAAUUCAAGAGUCUGUUAACCAAGCAAAAAGCAUGGAGCAAGAAAUGUCCAGUUUAUACAACAAAUGGGAGCCCAAACUAAAUAGCUUGGUAGAUACAAUUAGUACCAAGUUCAGCGAAUUUAUGGAGGCCAUUGAAUACGUGGGAGAAGUUGUGUUAUUCAAAACCGAUAAAUAUGACUUUGACUCGUAUGGAAUUCAGAUAAUGGUCCAGUUCAGGAGAGGUCUCCAAUUGCAGGCGCUUGAUAAGUUUAUUCAAUCUGGUGGCGAACGCGCUGUGUCUAUCGCAAUUUACUCAUUGUCCUUGCAACAUGUCACUCAUGUGCCAUUCAGAUGUGUUGAUGAAAUAAAUCAAGGAAUGGAUGCUACAAAUGAACGUCACAUAUUCGAUUUACUCCUUAAAGAAGCCACCAAGCACGGCUCGGCUCAGUAUUUAUUUGUAACACCUAAGUUGCUUCGAGACCUAAACUACAACGAACAUCUAUGUGUUUCCAUUGUUCACAACUCUAAAACUGUUAGCCAUGGCAUGAAAUUCCCAAAAACCUAAACACACUUGGGGUUAAUCAGAAGAUUUAUGUUAUGUAUUAAAACUUCGUUAAAAUAAAAGAAAUACUUUUUAAUUAUUAA